AUGUCUGAAUUGAAGGUUGAUACUGGACAAUGGUCCCGCAUCGUUAAUAAUGGUCCGAUUUCUAUCCUUUCAUACUGUGGUUCAUCCAUUCUUAUGACUGUUACCAAUAAAUUUGUUGUUAACUUAAAGGACUUCAAUAUGAAUUUUGUGAUGUUAUUUGUGCAAUCUUUGGUGUGUACAUCGGCACUAUUGGUAUUGAGAGUAUUUGGCUAUGCUAAGUUUCGCCCACUAAAUAAAACAGAUGUGAAGAACUGGUUCCCUAUCUCGAUUCUGUUGGUUAUGAUGAUCUACACGUCAUCGAAAGCUUUGCAAUUCUUAGCAGUCCCAAUUUACACCAUUUUUAAAAAUUUAACCAUCAUUCUAAUUGCAUAUGGAGAAGUACUUUUCUUCGGUGGUGUGGUGACUUCUAUGGAACUAUUGUCAUUUUUGUUGAUGGUUUUGUCAUCUGUUGUUGCGACAUUGGGAGAUCGUCAAGCGCUAGUUGAGAAAGCUGCAGCUGCAGCUGCAGCUACAGCUACUGAUGCUUCUGAUAUGACCUUCAACUUUGGUUACUUUUGGAUGUUUACCAAUUGUAUUGCGUCAGCGCUCUUCGUCCUUAUCAUGAGAAAACGUAUCACGUUGACAAAUUUUAAGGAUUUUGAUACAAUGUUUUACAAUAACGUUCUUGCAAUGCCUAUUUUAUUACUGGCGUCAUUUUUAAUCGAGGAAUGGAGUCCAGCAAAUCUUGAGGUUAACUUAUCAAAGGAUUCUUUAACAGCGAUGGUCAUUUCUGGGCUUGCCUCUGUUGGUAUCUCCUACUGUUCAGGCUGGUGUGUUAGAGUUACCUCGUCCACCACAUACUCUAUGGUUGGAGCUCUGAAUAAACUUCCAAUUGCACUUUCUGGAUUGAUAUUCUUUGACGCACCACGAAACUUCUUGUCCAUUCUUUCUAUCUUCCUUGGUUUUUUGGCCGGUAUUGUCUACGCUGUUGCCAAACAAAAGAAGCAAAUGCAAUAUUCCAAGUCUUGA